CAAAGAGAGCCAUCAAGAAGCUCCGAGCGAUCAAAGCAGUAACAAGCCAUGGAGCAGAAGCUGCUGUCCGUCCUCCUCCUCGCCAUCCUCUGCGCCGGCCCCGGGCACGCCCUGCGCCUCCUCAACGACGGCAGCCGUGAGUUCUCCUUCGGCUCCAAGGCAGCCGCGGCGGGGGCCGAAACCGAGCCGCUGGACCCGUCCCUGAGCAACGACUACGAGAACGAGAUCAGCCACGUGGAGUUCGAGCCGGAGCUCGGCAGCACCGCGCCGUUCGCCGCGGCCGCGGCGCCCGUGCCCGCCGCGGCGAACACCGUCGUCACCGUCGCCGGCGCGGCGGGGCCGGCCGCGGAGCCUUUGAGGGUCCGCAAAGCCGCUACCACCGCGACCGCGGAGGCCGCCGGCGCCCGGAGCAUGAAGUGGUGGCUGCCGCCGUCGACGAUGCCGUCGUUCCCGCUGUUCCCGAACCCCGGCGGCAUGCCCGGCAUCCCCGGGCUCCCGAUGCCCGGCAUGCCGUUCCACCCCAUCGGCGGCUGGGGCGUGCCGGCGCCGCCCGACCAGUCCCCGCCAGCACCCCCUGCCGCCGCGAACACGAACGCCAACGACCCGAACGCGAACGGCGGCAUCAACUGAGACCAGCGAGCUCGCUGCUUGCGUAUGAUGAUGAUCGGCGGCGGACGGUGCUAGAGCUGCUCACCGUUCCUUCUCACUACUUAUUACUACUAGCCUACUACUACUGCUACCCCUAGUCCCCUACUAAGUCCUAGUCGCGUCUCGUGUGUUUGGAACAUGAUUUAAUUUGUGAGUUGUGACCACCAUGUGGAUGUGGUUGGCACUUGGCAGCAUGAACGAAAACAAGCAUGAACUCGUGUUGCUUCAAUGAGGGCGUGCCAUUUUGUUCUGCUGCUCUAACUGACACCUGUGCGAUGGACACAAAGUUCAGGUUCUUGUGUAGCACGAACAAGCAAUUGCUGUGAUGAUAUAGUCAAUUACACGGAUCCU